AUGGUGUUCAAAGAAAGCAAGCUUUACGUGCUUAGUGAAUUGCAACGCAUCACUGUCUAUGAUUUCUCUGGUGGUGAUUCUCCAAUGGAAUGUGCAAUAUCGGGACAAUCAUCUAAAUGGAGCAUACUCAAAUCUCUAGGAGAGGAAGCAUUGCUUAUGGAUCAAGGAAUAACAGUUGCAGCCAAAGAUGGAGUUUUGAAAAAUUGCAUAUAUUAUAGCAAUGAUCAGCUUUACAGAAGAAUUGGGAGUAGACUAAAAAACGAUUAUAACGUUAUUUGCGUCUGCAAUAUUCAAACCAAGAAACAAGUCCAAGUGUUUCCACAUCUUACUGCUUCCGAUGCUCGUUGGUUUUUCCCCACUUUUAGUGCUAAAUGA